GUUUGAUCCUGGCUGAGAAGUAGGACGGGCGAGCUCCUGAUACUCUGGAGAAGCCGAACUGGCCGAGGACAACCUCCGGAGCCGCCAGUGGAAUCCUUAUGAGUCCAAACAAGGUGAUGUACCUGAGGGACAUAAAGGCACUUUUAUCACCUGGAGGAUUCCAGCCCCUUGUCUCCAAGGAAUGGCAGUCAGCUGUGGACAGAGAUUGCUGUCCUGCUUGCAAGCUAGCCAGCCAACAGCUCUGAGAGGGGCACUUCUUGCAACAGUUCCUGAGGACUGGAAACAAUUCACAGAUAGAAGGAAUGAACCGAAGACGUUUCGGUGGAAAGAAAAGCAACAGAGGCGAAAGGACGGCUCCUGUGGUCUGGAUUCUUCCUGGGAGGAGAGGUUGUCUGCUGCUGCUGCUGCUCCCCUGUGUGGACUCUCCUACGAGGAGCAACUGAAGGUGAAAUAUGAGAAAGUGAAGGUGGUUUUGCAGGCUUUGGCGUCUCUCCUUGAGGAGCUUGGUGCAGAUCUCACGCAAGCAGAGGACGGACUGUGCUGCCCGCUGCAGCCCGUCAUUCCUUCACCUGUUAUCAAUGGUUACAGAAACAAGUCUACAUUCUCUGUGAACCACGGACCAGAUGGAGACCCCAAAAUGGUGGGGUUAUAUGUAGGAACUGGCAGAGGCAGGGACAUGGUUUGUGUGCGGGCCAACCACUUGUUGAACAUGCCUCAAGCCCACUUCCAGGUAGCCCAGCGCUACGAGGAGUUCCUCCGUCAGUCCCCGCCGGAUUCCUGCCUCCUGUUUCACACUGGGGGCCACUGGCGGGAGGUUGUUGUGCGAAGCAACAGGAAAGGAGAUACCGUGGCCAUCAUUGCCUCCCACCCGCAGCAUCUGAGCCCCGAGGAAUGUUGUGCUCAGAAAGAAUUGCUGAAGGACUUCUUCACUCAUGGCCCAGGAGCAGCCUGUUCUCUGACCUCCCUUUAUUUCCAGGAAAGCACCAUGGUUUGUGCCUCCCAUCAGCAGUCCCCUUUCGAGCUGCUCUUUGGAGAACCACAUAUUUUUGAAGAGAUACUGAACCUGAAAUUUCGCAUCUCUCCAGACGCUUUUUUCCAAGUCAAUGCGGCUGGAGCAGAGGUUCUCUACCAGACCAUUGGGGAAUUGAGUGGAGCAGACAGGAAAGCUGUUCUCCUUGAUAUCUGCUGUGGAACCGGUGCAAUCGGCCUUUCUCUGGCUGGCCAGGCCUCCAAAGUCAUUGGUGUUGAGCUGGUGGACCAGGUGGUAGAAGAUGCCAGACGGAAUGCAGCAUUCAAUGGGAUUGCCAGUGCUGAAUUUCACGCCGGGAAGGCGGAAGUCAUCCUGCCUCACCUGCUGGCAGCAUGGCCAGAUGGGCAGCCUCUUGCUGCUGUGGUGAACCCCUCCAGAGCUGGGUUCCGUGAGUUAGCGCUUUCUUUGCCAGAUGCAAAUCCAAAGCAAAACUGCGGAGGAAAUGGGUCCUGCUAUCACGCGGGUUGGCCACUUCCUUCUUUGCAGCAAAUGAGACGUUGCUGCAGUGGCUUCCCAGUUCUUGAGAGAGAAAACUCCCUCUCGGCUGCAGGGACUCGAUUUCCAGCAGGUGCGCAGAGUCAUGGUGGGCCAGGAAGACUUGCAUGCAGUGGACCGCAGGAGACCAGAGUGGCCCCCUCUAGUCCCCCUCACUUUGCCAGGACAACAUGGUUGACCUGGGUCUGCAGGUGACGUUCGCUCCUCUCCAGCUCAGCUGCGCCCCUGGGUGCCUGACAAGCAGCUGGAAUGGCCUGGCUGGAGCUGCGAGUGCAGCCUGCUGCUGUUGUCUUCCGCUCUUAUCUAUGUCCGUUUGACUGAACUAUUGGACUGCAGCUUUUCCUAAGAAGAAUAUGUGCAUUGCACCCGAGACAUCAUAGUGCAGAGUUGAAAGCAGCCUUCCUUAACCUGGCAACCACAGGAUGUAUUGGACUGCAGUUCCUAUCAUCCCCAGCCAGCAUGUCUGGAUGUGGACAGGUAAGGAGCUUUCCCAGCCACCCAAAAUUCCAAGCCCUGACUUCCGGUCUGCAAAGCACCUGCUCUGCCACUGUGAGCUACGCUGCCUCCCAAGCACCGUUCGUGUGAGUGGCUCCCUUCUCCCAGUGCGAAAGAAUCCUCCUUUGAAAAACUCAAAUCAGAUUUGGGAACAAAUCUCCUUCUGGCAUCUUCUUGCUGCCAAAACCCAGCAGUACGUUGUCCGUUCAAAGACUGUUGACCCAGUUCACAUGCCGUGUGUGUGUGCCCAGUUCCUCCUGCUGCAAAUAGGUGCAAAUAGCAAGCCUUUGGUCCAAGGCUUGUUUAGUGUGAUGUGUGAUCUGGCCUGUGAGGAGAG